AUGUUAACAGCCCUUAAGAUCAUUUUACUACUACACUGCACACGUAUUAGCACUUCCAAUGUUCUAUUUCAAGAGAUCGAAACUUACCAUAACGAGACGUAUUACAAAGCAGAAUACGCGUAUGAAGUCGUAAACAAAAUUUACAAUGCUUUCCGACAAUGGUUCUUUACUGUUACCUUCUGUGAAUUUACUUACUUCGAAAAUAGAAUCCUGAAAUACACCGAAAACAUGGACUACGGAUACCCCGUUUUACUAUUGAAUGGGUGCCCGAACACCAACAGAACUAGAAGCAAACCAAGAAUCAACAUUCAUGGACAAACCGCUUACGUCAUCACAUCUGAUUCUCUGACUCUGCAGGGUAGCGAGUACAUCGUUGAAGCCUUGGUGAGAACAGGCGUGUUUAAACCAAGGAGCACGGUUAUAUUCGUCAUAAACGUACCAAUAACAAAAGACAACUACUUCUUCUACUCAAUGAAAAACCACUUCAAAUUACUGUGGAGCAGGAGCAUCACCAAUUCAGUGGUUAUAACAUUAUUAGAUGACAAGUUUUGGACCUUCACUUACAACUUUUUUACAGAGCAGAUCAUAGAUGUUACUGACGUUAAAGACAUUUUUCGAUUGUUGAGUCAUCAAUACGACAAUCUUAACGGGCACGAGUUAAGACUCAGUGUUUAUACAAAGGUGUUCAUUGAACCUACACUACCAGCGGCCUGUACUUCGAGAUUGUGUCUUACAGUGAUGAAGGAGCUUAACGCCACUUGUAAAGCAGUGCUCCCAAGAGAUGGUAAUACGGUGGGAGACCUCAUGCCAAACGGGACGUCAACAGGAGUGACUGCAGACCUAAUAGACGGAUUCACUGACUUAGAACUGAGUUCUCGAAUCCUCAAAAACUCCUACUACGGCUACAUCGACACUACUUACCCUCUUUCCCAAGAUGAUCUAUGUUUUAUGGUCGCAAGUUAUGACAAACAGUCGACUUUUAGCACAGUCACGAAAAUGAUAUCAGUCACUAUGCUCAUAAUUUUUAUGACCAAUUUCUUAUGUCUUAUAUCUAUAGCAUUAGUGGCAAGAGAAAUGGAAAUACGACUUUGGGGCCUACACGAAAAUAGAUCAAUAGGAGUGACUGUACUGGAUCUAGUCAAAUGUUUUAUAAGGCAAACGGUGGAUGUGAAAUUUCCUGGAUUUGUAUACAGAUUCAUCAUUGCCAUAAUAAUCAAUUACUCUUUAGUCGUCAAUUGCGUUAUCGACGGAAUAAUUACAUCCGCGAUAACAUAUCCUCGUUACAGAGAUAACAUCAACUCACUUGAUGAAUUAUUACGAAGCAAUCUAACUCUUGCAGUACAUAACCGGCAUAUCAGGCUAUUCAACAGAAGCAUAAGUGAAAAUAUACAUUACGACUCUUUUAUUAAACGUGUCGAGUUUGUCAAUGAUGUGAAGAAAAAAGAAAUUAUAGAUGAGCGACUGUUCAAGUACGCUGUUCUGAUGAGAAAAACUGAUGCUUUAUACAUCAGCAGGAAUAUAAUUAAUAAGGAUAACGGUCGACCUGUUUUCCAUAUUGUUCCAGAAUGCCCAGUGCCCUGUUCAAUCGUAUACGGCCUGAAAUAUGGAAGUCCUUACCUUAACAAACUGAACGAUAUUCUUAACCACUUAUAUCAGGGUGGAAUUCUGCAAUAUUGGGCAAAAACCGAGGAGUACAAAGGGAACCAGAAACUAAUUAACGUUGGGAACAAAGAUAAACCUCUAAAUCUACGUAACCUUAAGGAAAUAUUCUUUGUGUGGUUUAUUGGACUUUUCAUUAGUGUCGUGGUGUUCUUUGUAGAAGUAUGUGCACACAUGCAUCGCAACUUUGUUAGGCACAUGCACAAAGUUCAGAGAAAAACUACUAAACCUAUACAAAAACAAAAUUAA